CUGAAGCGAUGGGACAAGGAUGCAGACGGUCCUAAUUGAUCACAGUGCAUCGCCUGUCACAGGAGCUACAGUCGUGUUGCCAAGCUCAUCAUUGUAUCAUUAAAGAGUCAUCAGCCACAAAGACAAACACCGUCCACUGAAAAUGUUCAACGGUGCAACAAACCAGUCCGCCUCUGGCUACGACCUGGGUCCCCAGCCAGGGGCUCAUGAUGGCCCUGGAGGAGGCCAUGGAAGAGAUAGUCGCUCUGGAGGAGACGAUCACCAUGGAGACCAUCGUGAUGACGGAGACUGCGAUAGACGAGAUUAUCGUGAUGAUGAUCGCCAUGGCAGAGACCCCGAUAGACCAGGUUAUCCUGAUGUUGAAUGUCUUGGUGGAGAACCCGAUAGACCAGGUUAUCCUGAUGAUGAAUGUCUUGGCGGAGACCCCGAUAGACCAGGUUAUCCUGAUGAUGGUUGUUUUGGCAAAGACCCCGAUAGACCAGGUUAUCCUGAUGAUGAAUGUCUUGGCGGAGACCUUGAUAGACCAGGUUAUCCUGAUGAUGAAUGUCUUGGCCGAGACCCCGAUAGACCAGAUUAUCGUGAUGAUGGUUGUUUUGGCGGAGACCCCAAUAGACCAAGUUAUCCUGAUGAUGAAUGUCUUGGCGGAGACCCCGAUAGACCAGGUUAUCCUGAUGAUGAUCGCCCUGGUCUUGGCGGGAGUGGUGGGAGCAGUGGCAGCGAAGAUGACGGGCACGGUGGCCGUCGUAAAAAGCAUGGCCGCAAGCACGGGCAUGGACGCGGCUGUGGACAAGGACAUGGACGAGGACACUGGUGAAAACAGAAACUCAGGCACCAUACCUCCUGUGAAACUCUACCCACUCUUUGAAAGAAACAUUUUUAGACGAAGUAUUUGAUAACAUAUUGCUAUUUUGCUUUGUGAAGGAAACAUGCAUGCAAAUAAAACACAAUGGUUCUGUAUUAGCAUGGGUGCAGCAGAAAAGUGCAUGUGCAAUUAAAAUAGUCUAAAGCUGUAUUUCCGUCCUUAUAUGAAAUAAAAUAUUCUG